AUGUAAACUUCUUGAGCUGAACAACUUUUAAAGGUAGCUAAAUGCCAGUAUUUUGUGGACUUGUUUAAAAGAAAAAUACUUAAACUAUUUAAACAAAUAGGUUUUACUUGAAACACAGAAUAAUAAAAUGGGCGUAGGUAAUUCUUCUACUUUUGCUGAACGUUCGUCGACGGUUGGACACUUUUGUUGCACAUCUUGUGAGGAACAUAAUCUUCAGAAUUUGGCGGUCAUUUAUUGUGAGGAAUGCUCAAGUUUUUUUUGUAAAAAAUUUAUCAAACCUCAUAAAAAAUUGUUUAUGAAACAUCGAACAUGUGGAAGGGGAGAUAUUAAGAAAUGGCCAGUUUCAAAGGAGGAUGCUUCUCUUUUACAUAAGGGAGGAGAUUUUCUUUCAAAUACAGAGGAUGAUUUUCUUUCGAAGGAAGAGGGAGAUUUUCUUUCACAUAAAGAGGAUGAUUUUCUUUCGAAGGAGGAGGGGAAUUUUCUUUCAAAGGAGUUGGAGGAUUUUCUUUGGAAGUGUGACGAGCAUGUGGAUAAAAAACUGUCACAGUUUUGCCAUGACCACAGUCAGCUGUGCUGCUCUGAUUGUGUUGUAAAAAUUCACAGCCAGUGCAGAAAAGUGACCCAGAUUUCGGAGCUGACCAACUCGCAGCCCACUGGCCUGGAGGGGCUGUCAGUGGAGCUGGAAACUGUCCUGGUGGAAAUUAAAACCCUGCAGAUCAGUCAGGUGGCCAGCAUUAAGUCAUUGCAGAGAACAUACAAGGAACAUAGUGCAGUUAUGAUAGAACAAAUGCGUGGCAAUUUAAAUACUGAUAUAGAUGAAUGUGAUAAUAAUUCUGUGGGUAAAUCAGGCGGAAAUGAGCAAUAUUUAAAAGAAGAGAUGUGUAGAAAUGUUGUUUCUAUCAUGAAUGAAUUCGAUAAUAUUACUGCGAAGGAACUUAACGAGAUGAAAGAUGAAGUUAUAAGCAUUAAACGGUCAGUAACAAGUUCUAUUCAUAAAUGCACCAGUCUUCACAAUGACUUGUCACAAUUCCAUGAAAUUGUUCAGAAAAUUGGAGAUAAUAAGGAGCUCUGCCUUAUAGCCAGCAUAAAAUGUAAGCAUAUAAUACAGCAGGCAUUGACUCUGCUGGGAAAGUCAGGCAAGGUGUUAAUUGUCCAGAGUAAUACUAAGCACAAUGUGAGAAUACCAAGUGAUUCACGUAAAUGUCUUAUCAUAGGCAUGUGUGUUCUGAGUGAUGGGCAGGUGCUGGUUGCAGACAGGCGCAAUAAGAGGUUCAAGCUGCUGAACCAGCAGUACCAGGUGGUGAGUCACUGUGGUGUGACUGAAUAUGUAAGGGACAUGUGUCAGAUCACACCCAGUGAGGUUGCAGUGGCUGUGGAUGAUUAUAGCAACACACAUAAUGUCCAGUUUAUUACAGUCACCCAGAGCCAGCUCACUUUUGGUAGGAAGCUUGAGUUACAACAUGGAUGUUAUGGUAUUGCCUGCCAUCUGGGUGAACUGUUUAUCUGCUCUGGUACUGCUCUGUUCAAGUACACACUAUAUGGCAAACAGCUCUGCAGACUCUAUGAAGAUAGGUCAUCUGUUACAGUAGUGAAGUGUGCUGUGAGUCCCACAGGGGACAGGCUGUACAUCAUCAGCAGAUACAGGCAGCAGAAGCUUCUCACCCUGGCCAGGGAUGGCACACUCCUGGCUACAUACACAUUCCCAGCACUAGAGUACCCACGUUGUCUACAUGUGACCCCUGCAGGCCAGGUGCUGGUCUGUGGAGACUAUUCCCAAAAUGUACUACAGGUGGGCUGGAAGGGGAAGAGUAAGCUGGCCACUCUGGCUACAGGGAGGAGGGAUGCAGUGUGGGACCCACGGUCAGUCUGCUACAUUAGCACAACAUCAACCAUCAUUGUGGGACAGGACUGGGACGACAACAUCCUGGUGUUCAGAGUGGAAUAGUGUGUACAUUUGCUGCUGAGUCGGGACAACGAUGCUGAGGAUGUGGGGGACAAGCAUGACGCAGAAGGAGAGCACCAGCAUUGAUAUCGAGUUGGCCAACCAACAGCACCAGUCCGGCCUGCAGGAGCCCCAAAACAAAACGAUCCUUGUCUUCCCCUGAUCCCUAGCUCCUCCCACUGGACCUCCGGCUUCAAAUGGUCAGCAUCGUUACACAAGUCUGUUCUGCAAUAAAUCCUCAGCACGUCAAGUUUUCACGCGCUGUUAUGAACAACCGAAAUGUCUGUGUCGAGAUUUCCCCAAGCAAGCCCGAGUAGUUUUGUUUAGCUCUAGUGCCCGAGUAGGAUGAGUGUUACAGAAGCGAGAUGUAUAGCAGUACUUAUGGUAACGCUAACAGUUAACGCUAACAGUUAGUUCUCGCUGUGGACAUCAUGAAGAAUCUCACGAAGGAUUAAACGUUGAAUAAUUUGUUUAAUUCUUUAUAAGACAGCUAUAUAUUCAGCGAGGAACGGGAGCAAAUCAAGGAACAAUCGAGACGAUUCAUUCAGAAGAAUAUCUGCUGUAGAUAGUUAGGACAGUAGUAGCGUUACGGACUGUCCUCAGCGCACAAUAUAUUCAUGUGGUGCACCUCAGACGCAAAUUCCCCCCAUUAUUAAAAACAAGUUGCUAAAAGUAAACACGUCCGGUUUUGCACUCCGAGCCCAAACAGCAUCGCAUUGAAUUGAGACUAAAGGAGGCUUAAAAACAUGACACCAGUUUUGUUGUAAGGUACGCCCUUCGACUCUCAACCCGAAGUUUAUCAGAACUCAAACUUGGCCCUUAACAAUAUCUGCGAAGCCAGCAUAUCAGCUCAGCUUCUGAGCUUCAGCAACUGCUAAGCACAGAAGACAACGGAGUAGUGAAAGGCUCAGCCAAAUCAAAGUCCAGUGAUGUGAGGGUGACACAGCCUUUCCAUGUCCUUGUAUUGCAACAUGAAGGACAUUUUAGCUGAAACUAACAAGGGAUAGAACUGUAGAUCUGCACCAGCACAGAGCACCAGCAUUGAUAUCGAGUUGGCCCAGCAACCGCACGAGUCCCGCCUGCAGGAGCCCCAGUCCAGAACGACCCUUCCCCUACCCUGACUUCUAACUCCUCCCCCUUGACCUCCUGACUCAAAAAGUCAGCAUCGUUGAAUAACUCCGUUCUGCAGAAAAUUCUGAGCAUGAUUCUGGUCUGAACAAACACAAUGCCCACGUCAAGUUGUCCACACAUAAGCCUGGGUAGUUCUGUUAAGCUAGAGUUCCGCGUGGGCCUGAGAGGGACGAGUUUUACAAACACGAAAAGUUAUAGCUGUUGUUAUGGUAACGCUCACAGUCAGUUGUUGCUGUUGGACAUCACAACAAAUAUCCUGAAGAAUAAAAAGUUCAAUAACUUGUUCCAAUCUUUAUGGGACAAACAGAAAUUGGACGGGAGAAAAUCAAGGAACAAUAAAAGCGUAAGCUUUCCUAGUGGGAUGCUUCUGCUGUUGAUAGUUUGGACGACAAUAGGGUUACGGACUGCCCCAGAUUGUCCUCUCAGCGGCCAAAAUAUCAUAAUAGAACAGACUUUUGGCAAUGUUACCGACAAAGAAAGGCAGUAAUGACUUGGUUGUGAAUACCCAGAGCACGAUACAUCCAUGCUGACACAAAAAGGCAGUAAUGACUUGGUGGUGAAAACCCAGUGAACGCUACAUCCUUGCUGACAAAGAAAUGCAGUAAUGACUUGGUUGUGAAUACCCAGAGCAUGCUACAUCCAUGCUGACACAGAAAGGCAGUAAUGACUAUGCUGUGAACACCCAGAGCAAGAUAUAUCCAUGCUGACACAGAAAGGAAGUAAUGACUAUGCUGUGAACACCCAGAGCAAGAUAUAUCCAUGCUGACACAAAAAGGCAGUGAUGACUAUGCUGUGAACACCCAGAGCAAGCUACAUCCAUGCUGACACAGAAAGGAAGUAAUGACUAUGAUGUAAACACCCAGAGCACAAUACAUCCAUGCUGACACAGAAAGGCAGUAAUGACUAUGCUGUGAACACCCAGAGCACGCUACAUCCAUGCUGACACAGAAAGGAAGUAAUGACUAUGCUGUGAACACCCAGAGCAAGAUAUAUCCAUGCUGACACAGAAAGGCAGUAAUGAUUAUGCUGUGAACUCCCAGAGCAAGAUAAAUCCAUGCUGACACAGAAAGGCAGUAAUGACUACGCUGUGAACACCCAGAGCACAAUACAUCCAUGCUGACACAGAAAGGCAGUAAUGACUUGGUUGUAAACACCCAGAGCACAAUACAUCAAUGUUGACUCAGAAAGGCAGUAAUGACUUGGUUGUGAACACAGAACACGAUACACCCAUGCUGACACAGAAAGGCAGUAAUUACUUGGCUGUGAACACAGAGCACAUUACAUCCAUGCGGAAACAGAAAGGCAGUCAUGACUAUGCUGUGAACACCCAGAGCACGAUAAAUCCAUGCUGACACAGAAAGACAGUAAAGACUUGGUUGUAAACACCCAGAGCACAAUACAUCCAUGAUGACACAGAAAGGCAGUAAAGACCUUGUUGUAAACAUUAAGAGAUCCAUACAUCCAUGGGGUGUGCCACAGCCCGAAUUACGCCCACUAUUGUGAACAAGGUGCUUAAAGUGAACAUGUCUGGUUUUGGUAUGAGGACUUAGCACUCCAAGCCUAAAAGGCCUCGCAUUGAAUUGAUGCAAGAGAAGGCUUUGAAAAAUAACAGCAGUUUUGUUGUGUGGUCCAGUACGCCCUUCGACUCUCAACCUGAAGAAAGCAGAACUCAAACUCGGCUCUUAUCAAUAUCAGCAAGGCCAGCAUGUCAUAUCAGCUUCUUGAGCUUCAGAAAUUCAGCACGAAGACAUCUUGCGUCAGACUACCAAGCCUCCUAUCAAUAUCUCCUCCCAUGUUGGCUUCAUCAACACUUCCAACAGAGCCUUGGUGAGUUCGACUUCCGUCUCAGCAUGGAUGUCGCUUAGCAACAAUUGGAUGAUGGGCGUCGACAAAUUAGGCCGGACAAGUCGCUCAAACUGAAACGAUCUGAUCCAACAGGUAGAGCAGGCAUUGCGUGACACAUCCGUUAAUGUGACUGACCUCAUUAUGUUGUUCUCGAAUAAUGUGAACCUUAGGCCUGGAGAGCAGUUUGCGAUUGACGCCAUUCAACAACAGUUGUUGUUGGCAAUUCUCGGGUUUGGGGUGGCGACUUCGGCGUCAGGACUCGCUCCAUCUCUGUCCAUGGCCCAGUCGCAGCAGCAGCAACAAGAAAAAUAAAGCCUGUUCCUACAGGAACCUAUGCAAUCAUAGAUCGGUACCUAGCUGAACAACAGGCUGUAUGGUGAGCUGGUCCCAGACGCCCAGUGACACUUCCUGGCCCAGGACCUUGGGGCAAAUGCUCAACUAUACCUACCCGCAGGGUGGAGCCACUCUGAACCUGGGGCUCCAUACUUUCUUGGCCAGGGGCCAAGUUUACCUUGUCAAUAAGGUACAUGUAGGGACACAUUCCUUGGAUGCCCUAAGGUUUCUCUAUCUGUUCACAAAGGCUUUAUACUCACAAGUUCAAGCCCAGUGAGCGAUGUUCACAUUAUCAAACUCUGCAUAUCAAUAGAAUCCCUGAUAUCAAAGCGUUGAGCUUUUUUUGAAGCAUUUGCACCAGCAACAGUCAUCAUCUCGAGUUACUGGCAUCUCUAUGGUGUGGAACCCUCCGUCUAUGAACAUCAUAACAGAACAUGAACCAGUGGCAGUCAUCAUCUCAAGAUUCUGGUUUAUCCAUGGUGCAGGACCCUCGGUCUGUAAAGAUCAUGCAGAGCGAACCUCAGAUGCCAUUUGACGAAAUCAAACUAUCCAAUCAGAAACACAGCCUGUUGCAGCAGUUGUUACCAUAUUGACCCCAGUCAAACCUAAGAAAUCCAUAGAUAUAUACUUUUUUAGAUGUGCUAGUCUCUACAUACCUCCUGGUUUGUUCAGCACUUACUCUGACUCUUUGAAUUUAAUGACGCGUGAAAAUGAAUGACCUUGUUCCGUUCCAAAUGGCAAAAUGACACAUGACAACAAUUCAAGUGGAAAGCCAGAAAGUCAUGUCAACAGCCAAAUUUUGUAUGUGUAACAGCCAAGUUGUUUUCAAAGAAAAACAAUAGUUUACGUUUUAUUUUUUAUGUGACCAAUGUUUCAUGGGAAUUAUGAUGCUGUCAGUCUCUUUAUGUUGAAAGUUUUGGUUAAACAUAGCAUGUAAAGUGUUUUUUUUAAAGCACACAUAUUGCAUUUAUAUCCAUUGUCUUUGUCUGUAUAAUGAAUUUUUUCACUACAUAGUUUGAUCCUUAUAAUGGUAAAUGUAUGGGAAAAACAAUUUUAUCAAAGAUAUUCUAAGAUUGUCAUGUCUGUUUAAAUGAUGCUGGUAACAUUGACAAUAUUGAAAAAAGGAGUAUUUUCAUGUUAUAAGAUAUGUUUCAGUUUUCUGUUUUUACCAGUCAUAUAGAUAAGCUAAUUUAAUGAAUUGUUUACAAAGGUUUAUAACUUUUAAGCUUCAGCUUUUUCUGUCUAGUAAUCCUUCCGAAAACAAUACUAGUCAAUUUGCUCAUUCGGGGUCGGUAUUCGAUCAUGAAUCUUGUUUAGUAGCAUACUAUUUCAUUGGAAUAAUAAUACAUUCUGUGAAAAAUUAUUUAAUCUAACUAAAAUUAUCGAUUCUGUAAAUACCAAUUUGUUGAUUUCAAUGGAUAUUGUUUGUAAAAUUAAUAUAGUAUGACUAUUGCGUGUUUGGGAAAGCUUUUAAUGAAACUCAGAAUUGAAAAAAAAAGAAAAAAAAAGAGUUUUAUGAAAAUUGGCAAAAAUUAUUAUUGUAAAUUUAUGUUGUUAGAUCAUAGACGUGUAUGCUCACAAUUGUUGAAUUUUGUUUUUGGACACAAUAGUUUAUUAUGCUUUAUGUUUGUUUAUGCACAUGAAGACGACCAGAGUGUAUCCUCUUUAAAAAGUGAAUAACUUAAUCAAGAUUUAUUGAUCACUGUAUAUAUUGUGUAGGUAUAUGUUACCAUUUAUACAUAAAAAAAACUGUAGAACAUUUGUAUUGUAAUGUAAAUUAUUCUUGUAUUGUUGCCAUUUGUAUAAGAUAAACUAGCUGUUUUCCUUAGUUUGUAAAAAAACUUUGUUAAAAAAGCAUUUCCUGCGUGAAUGCUCAUAUAUAUAUUAAAUUGUUAAAAUAAUGCACAGUACCAGAAAAAAUAGUCAAUUACACAGUAAGGGAAAGUGUUGUCAUAUGCUAACAAUUGUAAAACAUUGCAAUUGUCUCUAUUUGUAAUAAUAGAGAGCAAUAUUAUUUGCUUAAAGUCACUAUAACGCUCAAAAUCAACGAAAAUUUCGUUAAGUAUUUCGUAAAAUAAAGAUAACACCUUUACAAUCAGUGUUCCUUAUAGCAAUAGCCAAAAUUUCAACGCUAGAUGUGGUAUGAUUACAUAGAUUUUUGUAGAUACAAAAUGCUCGUUUUUAUUUAUUUGUGGCCACAAUUAAUUCCCGCGAAUAUAUCUAUUCAUACGACACACGAACACCAUUUUAGUGUUCAUGUGUCGUAUGAAUAGAUAUGCAAAACAACAAUAAAAACGAGCAUUUUGUAUCUACAAACAUCUGUUUUAUCAGACCACAUCUGACGUUGAAAUUUCGGCAAUUGCCAUAAGAAACACUGAUUUUAAUUGGUUAAGUUUAUUUUACGAACAAUUGUACGAAAUUUUCGUUGAUUUUGAAUAGUAAUGUUACUUUAAAAAAUAAAAACAAAGAUGUCUGCUUUGUAAAUUAAUAAUUGUGUUUACAUCUCAACAUAACAUGUAAAUACAUUAAAGUCUAAAAGGAUUUUUUGGAAUAAACACUUAAAUAAAUAUAUGUGCGUAUAUACACUGAUAAUAAAAUUUUACAUUUCAUUUAGUUUUGUAACAGUGCUUUUGACCUUUCACGUUAAACAUCCCACACUUGCUGUCAGUGCAGUGCCUUUAUUAGGGUCAUUUUUAAGCCCCGGGUAGGGUGGCAUAUAGCAGUUGAACUGUCCGUCAGUAUGUCAGUCUGUCCGUUUGUCCGGAAAAAACUUUAACAUUGGCCAUAACUUUUUAAAUAUUGAAGACAGCAACUUGAUAUUUUGCAUGCAUGUGCAUCUCAUGGAGCUGCACAUUUUGAGUUGUGAAAGGUGAAGGUCAAGGUCAUCCUUCAAGGUCAAAUGUCAAAUAUAUGGCGUCUGUCGGUCCUUCCGAAAACUUUAACAUUGGCCAUAACUUUUUCAAUAUUGAAGAUAGCAACUUGAUAUUUGACAUCCAUGUGUAUCUCCUAGAGCUGAACAUUUUGAGUGGUAAAAAGUGAAGGUCAAGGAUAUCCUUCAAGGUCAAAGGUCAAAAAAAAUAUCAAAGCGUGUUCCCAUGAAGCUGCACAUUGUGAGUGGUGGAAGGUCAUCGGUCAAGGUCAUCCUUCAAGGUAAAAGGUAAAAAAAAAAUCAAAGCGGCGUUCUAAUGAAGCUGCACUUUGUGAGUGGUUGAAGUUCAAGGUUAAGGUCAUCCUUCAAGGUCAAAGGUAAAAAAAAAUAAUUAAUUCAAAGCGGCGUUCUCAUGAAGCUACACAUUUUGAGUGGUGGAUUUUCAAGGUCAAGGUCAACCUUCAAUGUCAAAAAAAAUCAAAGCGGCGCAAUAGGGGGCAUACUGUGUUUCUGAUGAACACAUCUCUUGUGUGUAAAUAUCCCACUGUUUAAGUUCAGCAAAUGUUUUAAGACCAGAUUUCCUUAAACUUGGGGUUGUUAUUAUUUUACUUUUAUUGAAUGCAUGAAACAUUUGUGUUCUGUUGUUGAAUAGCUAAACAUAGCUUGAUGUUUGUAAAUUGUGUGACAAAUGUUGAUCAAAUUGAUACAUAGAAAAAAACACAAUCUUCAUUAACUUGUAUGUGUUAAUUAUCAAACACAAAUAAAAGUAUUUGGUAACAAUAUAACUAUUGUGCUUUAUUCGAAAUACAGUGUGAAAUGCAAUUUUAAAAUCAUGCCUUUAUAUGUUCAUCUUCUCCAAAUAAGCAUUUUGAAUAAGCAAAUAUAAUAUCUCUAUGGAAAGUAUCCGUAGGCCCCAUUCAAUCGCUUGUGUACCUCAUAUUGAUCAGGGUCUUCCUAAAUUAUUUCAGGAUUGUUUAUCCCUGUCUGAAUUGUGAAAAUAGCUGCAACAUCGUGAGAUAUCUGUUGAGAGGAUUUUAAUAUUAAAAGUUAAAAUGGUAGCUUAACUCUAACCGUACAUCUGUUGCAUUUAUUUUAACAUGUUUAUAUGUUGUUCCUCACUGAGUUUUAUAUUGUCUAUAAUCUUGCGUACUUUAAUUGUGUUUUUAAAGACAAACAUCAUGAUACUGAUUAUGUUGUUUUUGUCCAACAUUUCUAUAUAUACAAGUUGUAUGUAAAUAGUUAAAUAUGUUUAUGUUGAUGAUAUGUAUUUCCCGAUCUAAGUUUGAUGUUGAACUCUCAAUGAACAACAUGUUUUGCCAAUUAAAUCCCGAAUGAUU